CCCGACCAAAUAAUGCUCAUAAAGGUGUAACUCAAUCUUGAUCUAAAUUUGGCUUCUGCAGGAACAGCCGUGCGGCGGCUGAAGCUGUCUGGGGAAACUUGUAUCCCAAAAUGUCACCAAAACAUCUCCCACUUUCUUCUCGUCGCAACUACGCCUGCUCAGACUGAAUCAAGGGAAGCUUCAAAUCCCACUGAAAGGCAUCUGGAUUGUCCUGCCACCUGUCAGACGCCGACAUCGACAAAAGCCAGCUCUUGCUGGAGCUUCCGCACAUUUAAUCACCCCUCGAUCGCCGUAGUCCAUACACAUCAUGUCUUCCGACUCUCUCUUCUCGCCUGAUCUGAUCUCGUCCGAAGUCGCCGCUGCUUUACCCGAAGGCUACACGAUUCGUCCCUUGAAGAAGAGCGACUACCAUGCUGGCUUCCUAGACGUGCUCGCCGUCCUUACCACCGUCGGUGAUGUUUCAGAACAAGAAUUCAACGAACGAUUCGAAGAGAUGCAGGCAUCUGGCUCACUAGGGAGAGGUGCAGGCGGAUACCACACAUUAGUCAUCUUGAAUGGUGAAGACAAGAUUGUUGGCACUGGUGCGCUCAUUGUCGAGAAGAAAUUUAUCCAUAGCCUAGGCCAGGUUGGUCAUAUCGAAGACAUCGCAGUUGCAAAAGAUCAGCAAGGCAAGAAGCUGGGUCUUCGCAUCAUCCAAGCGCUGGAUUAUGUUGCAGAAAAGGUCGGCUGUUACAAGACCAUCCUCGACUGCUCAGAGGCCAACGAAGGCUUUUACGUCAAGUGUGGCUUCAAGCGUGCCGGUCUGGAAAUGGCUCACUACUACAACAAGCCAUGAGAGUCGGAUACAAGUCUGCAUUCUGCAUUUCUCGGGCGUUCCAAAGGAGGAAGAUACACUUGGGCACGUCUGGGUAAGACGUCAAGGAGUUUGAGUGGAAUUGUGUCUUUCUCUAGAACAGAAUACAAUUUUGUUGACACAUUUAUAUUUC